GUCAUCAGCGAGCGCCCGCGUCCCGCCCAGUGGGCGGGGCAAGGGCAGCCGUGACGCGCGGCGCGCGCCCGUGCCCCCGCCCUCGCCCGCCCCCCCCCCGCAGCUGCGGGCCCGGCGGGGCUGUGACGUGGCGCUUCCGGCGCGCGGCGGCGGCGGGACACGGGAGGAGCGGAGCGAGCGCCUGGGCGCAGCGUGGCAACGAUGGCAGGGCACUGAGCGGCUUUGCUUCCCCAGGGAGCCUCUGGCAUCAGCGCCGGAGCCGGAGCAAGACGUUGUACUCCUAAUUGGCACGUAGGAAGAGAUACGAUCUCCUUCUGCAGCGUGAAGCGGAGCUCCAGCGAGAAGCCCGGAGAUGGAGCCCCCCGACGCCACCAUCAUCAGAGGCGUGGGGGACGAGGUGACGGUGGCGGCCGGCGUCGUGGUGCUGGCGCUGGCUCUGGUCUUGGCCUGGCUGUCCACGUACGUCGCCGACAGCAGCAACCAGCUCUUGGGAACGAUCGUGGCCACGGGGGACGCGGCCGUGAUACGGCUCAGCCACGUCGAGCGGUACGUGGGCGCGGCGGGGGCGACCGAGCCCCCCGAACCCGCGAGGGUCCCCGAAACCGUGGAAGAGAAAGCAGAAGAGGAAGGGGGGGCCACGUCCGACUUGGGCCUGGCCCUGGAGCAGGGGGACGGCGGCAGCCCCUCCGACCCCAGCCUUGACCAGCUGCUGGACAUCCAGAGCUUGCCCAAAAGGACAGCGGGCAGCGAGCCCAGCGCGCGGGAGGGCCGCGGGCCGCCCGCCCCAGAGGACAGCGACCUGUGCGCCGGCUUCAUCAAGGUCCGGCUGAAGUUCCUCAACGACACGGAGGAGGUGGCCGUAGUGAGGCCCGAGGACACCGUGGGUGUCCUCAAGAGCAAAUAUUUCCCAGGCCAAGAGAGCCAGAUGAAGUUCAUCUAUCGCGGCCAACUCCUGCAGGACCAGGCACGGACGCUGCGCUCUCUCAACAUCACGGACAACUGCGUUAUCCACUGCCACCUCUCCCAGAGCGCCGCCGCCGCCCUGCCCGACCCCAUCGCCGCGCCCCCCGAAGCGAGCGGCGCGACCGCCAGCGCGGGCAGCCUGAUGAUCCCGGUGAUCAUGGUGAUGCUGGCCGUCAUCUGGUACUGCCGCAUCAACUACCGGCAGUUCUUCACCGCGCCGGCCACCGUCUCCCUGAUCGGGGUGACCGUUUUCUUCAGCUUCCUGGCGUUCGGGAUGUACGGCCAGUAGGAACGGCGGGAGGCGGGAGAGGGGGCUCGGGGAGGCGAGGCAGCCUCUCUCCCCGCGGGCCCUUUGGGGACACAGCCCUCGCGUCGGGGCUUUUCCCAACCGUGCCGUGACAAGCGAUGUUAGAGACCGGCAGCCGGGGCCGAGCGACCUCCCGCUCCCCAGGGACGAAGGGCAGCGAGUGGCCGGCGGGGCAGAAGCUCGGCUGGAGCUCGGCGCGUCCUGUCCUGCCUCGCUCUUGCUGCACGUGACUGUGUCCCCGUGGCGGCAGGAAGAGCCGGGCCGUGCUGCCUCCAGCCUCUCGGACUCACUUUCUUCCCCCCUCCCGGCCCAAGGCAUCCCCACGCGUGCAGGCACCGCUGCCGUGGGAGGGGAGGGAGGCUCCUUCCCGUGCUCCCGUCGCGCUUUCGGCUCCGAGGAGGAGCGCAGGGCAUGUGGAAACAAGCCGGUCUUGCUCGGCUGGAUGCGGUUGCUGCCCUUCGCUCCUCUCCCGGCGGACGCGGCGGCUCUGCACGCUCAGGCUCGCUUCCGCGGCACGUCGGCCGAGCCGGCACACUGCGCCCGGCGGUGGUCCCAUGCAGCCCUGCCUCUCGCACCGCCGCCGCUGCCACCGCCACGGCCUCGCACGCUCGCUCAGGACGGCAUCGCGCCCCGCACGCGCUUCUGGGCCAGCUUGCGCCUGUCCCCUUCUCCAGGGCAGGAUCGCGGCCGCUCGUUUAAUGGUGCAUCAAGUACAACCGCUGCUGCUGCCCCUGGAGACCAGGGGACUCGCUGGCCCCACACCAGAACAGGCUACAACUUCUCAAAGAGACUUUUUAAAGCAAAUAAAAGGUAACUUUAGCUGAG